AGGGAGAUUGCGCUCGUCCGUGGCAUAAGCCACAGACAUGUCUGUCAGAUUAUAGGCGUCGAUCGAGAGUCCUUCGCGGGCCUUACCUGUGUGGUACUUCCCUGGAUGAGUUACGGCAACGUCCUACAGUAUAUAGCGAAAGUCGGUUGGUUUGCUCAGGACGCCAUUCGAUUGAUAUAUCAAGUGGCAUCGGGACUGGGAUACCUACACGGGAAGAGCCUUGUUCAUGGAGACCUACAUGUCGGAAAUAUCCUCGUAGAUGCAGCCAGAGAUAUUCGCUUAGCCGAUUUUGGGCUCGCCAAUUUCUCAGACUCUUCAGUAAGCUGCAGCUCAGCCCAGCCCGGUGCAACGCGUUGUAUGGCCCCCGAGAUUUUUGAUCCAGCCCGCUUUAAACUCUCACGCGCCCAGCACACGCCUGCUAGCGACAUGUAUUCUUUCGGUCAGGUAUCAUGGCAGAUAUAUACCGGGAAAAUGCCCUUUCCCGAUAUGAACAACAAUUAUCAGGCCAUGUUAGCUAUCCUUGAUGGCAAGAGCCAGCAACGUUCGCUGUCUGACAGGGAUAUCCCCAACACUCUGUGGGACGUUAUGCAAGCGUGCUGGCGCUUUGAGCCGCCUCGGCGU